GAACUUCUUUUUUCUUCUUUUCUUUUUGUUGAUGUUGAACUCGUUAUUAACUCUGUAAUUCCUCUGUAUUUUUAUUCUAAUUUUUUUUUUCCUAAAAGAAUGGCAAUAGGGAGUGGUGGAGAAGAACAAAGGCACCGCCAUGCAUGUGCAGCAUGCAAGCAUCAAGGGAAGAAGUGCGAUGAGAAUUGUCUGUUGGCGCAAUACUUUCCGGCAGAGAAGGCUGAGGAAUUCAAUGCAGUUUAUAAAACUUUUGGGGUAAAAAAUUUGACAAAGAUGCUAAAAAGUGUCCCCAAUGAUCACCGGAAACAAGCCGCCGACACCCUCAUAUGGGAAGCAAUGGCAUGGAAGGAAGACCCACUCCAAGGCCCUCGAGGACUAUACAACAGGGUAAUAGCCGAGUUGAAUAUUCUUCAACAGUAUCAUUCGGCUAGGUCGGUUGGAUUGUGUGGCGAACACGAUUUGGGAGUACAAGAAAUAAAAUACCAACUUUCAACAGGAGAAACGUCAAGGUCAAAGGAAUACCAACAAGCAGACACAGGCCACCGUGGUUGGGUGGCUCCUCCUCCGGGUUGGGUUAAAAUUAACGUAGAUAGUUCAGCUCCUUUUGGAGAUUACAUUGGUGGUGGGAUUUGCAGAAAUUCUUUAGGGAAGUGUCUCUUUGGUUUCACAGUCCAUCAGUGUCAAGGGUCUGAUGAGCUUGGAGCUCAAUUUCAAGCUAUUAUUAAGGGUUUAAUAGAGGCUUGGACUAGAUGUCACAGAAAAAUUAUAAUCGAGAUCAAUUCACUUGAGGUUGUACAUUCUAUAACUAACGGGGUUCGGCCUCAAGAUCAUUUUAUACAUCUAUCUAAAAUUAAAGAGCUUUUAGGAAGGGAUUGGUGUUGUAGAGUGGAACGUGUUGGCAAUGAAGCUAACUUGUGCGCAAAUUGGUUAGCAACUAUGUUUGCUCAUGAGUCACCAGGUGACAGUUUUUUUGAAGUUCCACCAAUUUCGAUUGCUAGUAUUUUGGAGAAAGAUUUAGCUGGGGUUCGCGGCCUAUGACUAAUGGUAAUGGAGCUCUAAUACCACUUACUGUUAGAUCAGAGUGAUUUUUACUCACCCUUUGGUAUCGAGGAGAAGAAAAAUCCAUUUUUUUC